AUGAAGCUCACACUCAACACCGCCUUCCUCCUCACCCUCGCCUCGCUGCUGGUCAUCAGCAUCGACAGUGUAGACGCCGACGUCCCACUCCCCGACUACACUGCCCAUGACUACCCACUCGCCGCAACGUUUUACUGGUUCUCCUCCGUCGAAGUCGGAGUCUGCUACAGCCCUAAAGCUCGCGUCGGUAGCAUCAAAGGAGCACUCCACUGCACCCACCAAGAAAACUACGAUAUUGAAAACAACACCUGGACGCUACCCCAGACUUGCGUCGCUCUCAAGCCUCUUGGUGAACCUCUUUCCAACGCUGUGCGUGACUCGUGCACAAACGCUAAAGGGAGUUUCAACCUCAUCAAGCCUGCUUCUAGCAAUGCUGACGGUAGCCAGGCUUACAACGCUAUCAGCAACAAAGGUGCUGAUGGUGCAGCAUCUGACCCUGGCUCGCAGACUGGCAGUGACGAUGACGAAGGUGACAAGAAGAAGGAUGGUGGCAUGCUCGGCGGGUUAGGUAAGAUGGUUGGGCUCUGA